UAUGAACCACGUGACGGCGAUCAUCACCGGUGCGGGGCAGGGCCUUGGCCUCGCCUUCGCGACCGCGCUACUUGCCCAAGGCGCCCGUGUGCUCAUGACUGACAUCAACGGCGACGUCUGCGCCGCGAGCUGCCGUGCGCUCGAGGCCAAGCACCCCGGACGCGUGGCCUCCUUGCGGCAAGAUGUGUGCGAUGAGAACUCGUUCGCCGUGGCCUUUGACGAAGCCGAGCGCUGCUUUGGACCUGUGAACGUCCUGGUCAACAACGCUGGCGUUGCCAUCCCGAUGAACGAGUUUUACGAGGAUGCAAGCGCCGCAGGCUGGAAGAAACUCAUGGAGAUCAACGUCGUCGCCGUCAUGCGGGGCACGCAGGUCGCGCUGCGUCGUCUCGCGGCCAAGCCCGCGCCGGCGAUGGUGCCUAUUGUUGUCAACAUCUCGAGUGUCUCGGCCAUUUGGCCAGUCGUCGAGCUGCCCGAGUACUCGACGUCCAAGGCGGCAGUGGUCGCGUUCUCGACGGCUGUUGGCAAACACAUCAAGGCGACCGGCGUCCGCGUCGUCUCCAUUUGCCCGUCGUUUGCCGACACUGCGAUGGGUCGCGCGGCCGAAGAAGGCAAGCCGGGUAUGACCAAGGUCUUUGGCGACCUCAUGACGCCCGAGUUCGUUGCGCAAGGUGUUGUGCAGCUCAUCACGGACGCCGACAACUCGGGCGGCGUCAUGAUCGUCACGAACCGCGGCUUCAAGUACCGCGGCGGCGGCGCCCCCAAGUCCAAAAUUUAACGAUAAGAGACUUGGACUGCGACUGCGUACCGUCCUCCAUCGGCCACACCUCUUGGCGGCAUCGAAAGCAC